AUGCAGACUAUCGCAACGUCUGGUCUUGACAGUAGUAUGCCCAGUAGUCUCAAACUCAAAGCACUUCUUAUAGACCUCAACGGUACUCUUCAUAUCGGCACUGAACCCACACCAAGAGCUCUCGAGGCUAUAGCCAAGCUCCGAGCUGCCAAAUUCCCUUUCAUAUGUUGCUCUAACUCCACCACAGUCUCCGAUUCGGAUCUCGUAUCCAAGCUGUCUAAUAUGGGGUUUGAUCUUUCCUCAGAAGAGAUCAUAACUUCUUUGAGCGCAUGUCGGCAACUGGUGGAAGAUCGUCAUCUCCGACCUUUUCUUUUACUCUCCCCUUCUGCCCAGAAGGAUUUCCCUCGUAUACUCGACGACCACAAUGAGACUACACCAUACGACAGCGUCGUCAUUGGUUUACAUCCCCCUUCUCUCUCAUAUGAAAAUAUCAAUCUGGCAUUCCGCAUUCUCAAAUCUGAACCUAUCUCACACCCCCACUCCCAGUCCACACUUUACAGCACACAUGACAGUCCCUCAGACUUAAGACAAUCCGAGACGCCCAGAAAACCGGUACUUAUCGCUCCUCACACAGCAAUGUUUCGUCAGGUCCCUGAGUCGUCUGAUCUCCCCGCGGGUCUUUCACUAGGGAUAGGACCCUUCGUUCGGGGGUUAGAACAUGCCAGUGGGGUGAAAGCGGAAAUAGUUGGGAAACCCACUCGACAAUUCUUCGAGUUAGCGAUCGAAAGACUCAAACGUAUGUAUCCAGGACUGGAAUUGAAUGAAGGGGAAAUAGGAAUCGUGGGUGAUGAUGUGGUUCAUGAUCUUGGUGAAGGCGCGAAAGAAUUGGGGUUGGGAAGGGUUUUGGUCAAGACUGGGAAAUAUAGAGAAGGCAUGGAGAAGGGAGAAGGAGUAGAUGUUGUUGAGUGCUUCGCUGAUUUCGUGGAUGAUUUAUUGGGAUGA